AGUCUCUAAAAAUAUAAAAAUGGCCGCAAAUAACGUCGCAAACUCUGUGGGGCACAUUUCCAGAAAAGCUUCCUGUCCUCAACCAAAUAUGGAUUUUGUUUCAGCUGACGUAAACGAAGUUUUGCAGGACGCCCGUGAAAUUUUAACAAAUAAAGAGCAUCGUGAAAAGCAUCCGAAUGAAAGAAUUUUGGAUGAGUCUACAACCGUAAAAGUUACAAAAACGGGUGGGGAUGAAGACCCUAUGGAAAUUACAGUUUUGCGUCAACGACUUUUGGAACGGGAUGAGGAGGAGUUUGAAACGGUUACGGCAGAUAGGGAUGAUAGAGGAUGGUCAAGCGAUACGGACCUCGUUUCCCCGCCACAAAGAACUCGUCUCCCAUCAAUCCACAAAUGCUCACACAAUAACAAAAAGGUUCAGAGCAGCGGAAAUUUGCCAGAAGAAAUGACAAAUGAAAGGCACAUGAAUGUCAUUUACCGUCGUCGGCACAAAGAAGAUUUUUGGCAAAGAGACGAUUUGGUUGGUACAGGAAAGGCAAUUAGUGAUGAAAUUCUUAGUAAUGUUGCGACUCGGGGAGGUGAAGAUGAUGCUCAAUUGAAGGUUGAAAUAACAGAACACUGUAGAACUGAAACGAGUGGUGCUCAUUUGAUUCAACAGACUUGGGAAGCUACUUGGACAGUCCAAACAUUCCAUUCACUUCCAGAUUGGCUACAGGACAACGAUUUUUUGCAUACCGGUCACCGCCCUCCUUUGCCCAGCUUUGCGGCGUGUUUCAAAUCAAUUUGGUCACUUCAUACCGAAACGGGAAAUAUUUGGACUCAUUUAGUUGGGUGUUUGGCAUUUUUCUUUCUCGCCCUAUGGUUCCUAACACGUCCAGAGACUCAUAUACAAUUUCAGGAAAAAUUGGUUUUCUCUUUCUUUUUUGCUGGUGCCAUUCUUUGUCUAGGACUUUCUUUUACAUUCCACACAGUUUCUUGUCAUUCAAAAUAUGUUGUGCGGAUAUUUAGCAGACUCGACUAUAUGGGCAUUUCCUUGCUGAUUGUUGGCUCGUUCAUUCCUUGGAUUUAUUAUGGAUUUUAUUGUAGAAGAGAACCAAAAAUUAGUUAUAUUGCGAUGAUUGGUGUUCUUGGUCUAUCCGCUAUUGUAGUUUCUCUUUGGGAUAAAUUCAAUGACAAAAGAUAUAGACCUAUGCGUGCAGGAAUAUUUUCAUUUAUGGGCUGUAGCGGAGUAGUUCCAACAAUUCAUUUUGCAUACACUGACGGAAUGCAUCGAUUAAUUGAAGAUAAUAGUUUUUAUUGGCUUAUAGCAAUGGCUUUGCUUUAUUUAUUUGGGGUUGUGCUUUAUGCUACUAGAACGCCUGAACGAUUCUUUCCUGGAAAAUGUGACUUGGUUUUCCAGUCCCAUCAGCUUUUCCAUCUCUGCGUUGUCUGUGCUGCUUUUGCUCAUUAUUAUGGAAUUUCUAAUAUGGCAAUGAAAAGACUGACAGGUACAUGUCCUGGCCACCACGAUUCGGUGGCAUCUGUUGUACAACACAAUGAACUUUAG